ACUUUUGGUGGGCCACUUACUAUGAUAUACGGGUGGCCAAUUGUGGGGUUGCUCACCUUGAUCGUUGGUCUAUCAAUGGCGGAGAUUUGCUCUGCUUAUCCUACUUCUGGUGGUCUCUACUUUUGGAGUGCCAGGCUCUGCGGCGAUGAGUGGGGGCCUUUUGCUUCCUGGCUCACUGGCUGAUCAAAAUGGCAAGGUUGGCCUUGAUUCAGGGGCUGCCCGUCUCAAGGAGCUAGGCUACAAACAAGAACUCAAGCGUGAUCUCUCGGUGUUUUCCAAUUUUGCCUUUUCGUUUUCGAUCAUAUCUGUGCUGACGGGCAUAACCACGUUAUAUAACACCGGCCUCAGUUUUGGUGGACCAGUUUCGUUGCAGUAUGGUUGGUUUAUUGCUGGUGGGUUCACCAUGGCUGUUGGGUUAGCAAUGGCUGAGAUUUGCUCCUCUUUCCCAACUUCUGGGGGUCUCUACUAUUGGAGUGCAAAGCUUGCUGGUCCUCAAUGGGCACCGUUUGCUUCUUGGUUAACUGGCUGGUUCAACAUUGUUGGUCAGUGGGCUGUUACAACCAGUGUAGAUUUCUCACUUGCACAGUUGAUUCAGGUGAUAAUUCUCCUUAGCACGGGUGGAAAAAAUGGUGGAGGGUAUGAGGCAUCAAAAUACAUAGUUAUUGGUAUGCAUGGAGGAAUUUUAUUCCUGCAUGCUAUACUUAAUAGUCUUCCUAUCUCGGUACUAUCUUUCUUUGGACAACUGGCUGCUGUCUGGAAUCUUGUAGGUGUUAUAGUUCUUACAAUUCUCAUACCCUGUGUUGCAACGGAGAGGGCUAGUGCCAAGUUUGUUUUCACAUACUACAACACAAAUAAUGGAGACGGAAUCAGUAGUAAACCCUACAUUUUUGUCCUGGGACUUCUGAUGAGUCAGUACACCCUUACUGGCUAUGAUGCAUCUGCGCAUAUGACAGAGGAAACCAAGAGUGCCGAUAAGAAUGGACCUAGAGGAAUAAUCAGCGCCAUUGGGAUAUCUGUUAUAUUUGGAUGGUUUUACAUUCUUGGUAUCACAUUUGCAGUUACCAACAUUCCUUACCUCUUGAGUGAAGAUAAUGACGCUGGUGGUUAUGCCAUUGCUGAAAUAUUUUACCAAGCAUUCAAGAAUAGAUAUGGAAGUGGAGCUGGGGGAAUUGUUUGCUUAGGAGUAGUUGCAAUUGCCAUAUUUUUUUGUGGGAUGAGUUCAGUAACUAGCAACUCCAGAAUGGCAUACGCAUUUUCUAGAGAUGGAGCUAUGCCAUUCUCAUCACUAUGGCAUAAAGUUAACAAGCAGGAGGUUCCUAUAAAUGCUGUUUGGCUUGGUGCUUUUAUAUCAUUUUGCAUGGCAUUAACGUAUCUUGGAAGCACAGUAGCAUUUCAGGCCAUGGUAUCCAUAGCAACUAUUGGCCUGUAUAUUGCUUAUGCCCUGCCAAUCUUCUUCAGGGUGACCUUGGCAAGCAAGUCAUUCACCCCAGGACCAUUCAAUUUGGGUCGCUACGGUGUCCUGGUAGGUUGGAUUGCAGUCCUUUGGGUAUUAACCAUCUCAAUCCUCUUCUCAUUGCCUGUAGCCUACCCCAUUACCAAUGAGACCCUCAACUACACUCCUGUUGCUGUUGGUGGCUUGCUCUUCCUCACUGUUUCUUCUUGGAUCUUCAGUGCUAGGCACUGGUUCAAAGGUCCUAUAACAAAUGUGGAUAGCUGAAGUAGACAAAUGAACAAUUUCAUUUCUUAGGAACUUUGUAAUUUUUUAGUCAUUUUCUUGCAAUUUAUUCAGGUUUUCUAUCUGUGCUACGAAGCCUGUUCUCUGGCAAGAUGCAGCAUAGGAUGUUAAUGUAACAGGCUGCCAUUAGAAAAAUCAAUGUUUUUAUUGUAAGAAACAAACCUGUAUCACAAUCAGCUCCACUUCAA